CCUAUGUUGCGCAAAAGAGGAAGCAAAUCGGCUUCAUUUCCGCUGCAGUCGCGAGAACGGGGACGCCAAAUAAAGAAAAUGUUUAGAGAAAGGGACAAUUGACGCCAGAGAGGGUUUAAUUCAAUACAUAAUACUAGGAAAUAGUUUAUCCGAACAUCGGCUAUCUGAAGUUUUGAGUUAAAAAAAAUCAAGUACGUACACAGCCAGUUCGGGGUUAACACUGAGGCUGACGAGUUCCCUUGUUCUGCAGUUCGCUUUUGAGGAAGCCCCUCGUCCAGCCAGCUGGAAUAGCUCAUCUGUUAGCUGGUCAACGGCCGCGCCACCGCAAGAAAUGGGGACGAGAGCCAGUCGUCUACAAGAAGACCCGGUGGUUCCCCCUGCUUUCGGUAAAGAUGGACCCAGGCGGGAGUCCUACCGGAGACCCCGCUGUCCCAGGCCCACAAGUCUGGUGGUGGAGUUCUCGGGGAGUUUUGAAGACACGGAGACCAAUCAGAGCCGCUCGGAGGAAGGCAGUGAUUCGGACAUGGGACCGCAGGCAAGCGCUGACGGAAGCCCCGAAGAUAACCACAGCCUUCCCUCUAGCAUCAGCCCAGCCUCGCCGGCGGAUGACACCAGCGAUGGGAGGCCGGGAGAUGAGGGAAACCUAAGCCCACAGGCCGCUGAUAAUGCGGAACAUCAACCCGGGGAGGAGACAGGCCGCAUGGCUCACCGCACUUUUUCAGAGCGUCUCCCCGGGAAUCGCCACUCUUCUGCGCGCAGUGUCACCACCAGAUCCGCUCGGGUUCGGGGCAUACACCAGCGCCCGAUGUCUGAGGCAUGGAUCGGCCUUUACCGAGUCAACAGCCGUCAUGGCAACAUUCGCUGUCCAUUUUGCACCAAGCCUUUCCCCGGAGGGAGGAUCGAGGAUCACCUGUUGAGUUGCCUUACAUCACCCCCGCUGCCGUACAACACGGACGUGCUCAGUAAAGACAGUGGCGAGUGCUCCAUCUGCCUGGAGGAGCUGGCCCAGGGCGAGACUAUAGCCAGGCUGGCCUGCCUUUGCGUCUACCACAAGAGCUGUAUUGAUUCCUGGUCCAAGGUGAAGCCUUGCUGCCCCGAACAUCCCUUUGAUUGACUUCCAGGUCGCUGAUGACGUGCCCCAGUGACCUACCCCUCUCAGGAUACUACACUGAAUCCCAAUACUGCAAGGAAAAAACGAAAUACACAUCUAUAUAUCUAUAUAUUAUUUGCAAAGUACCCGCAUAGAGGAACCGCCUAUAUUACAACGACGACGCAGAGACUGAAAAUGUCUGAAAGCCUGUUGGGGGGGGGGGGGGGGCCCAGGGGUCCAACCCCCAGGGGUCCAACCCCCAGGGGGCGGGGCUUCCAUCUUAACGCCAAAGGAAAGGAUGUUCACCUGAAUCCGAUCUCGCCGCUCGUGAAAACGUGUCCGGCCAAAAUUUGAAAACAAGCGGCCGUGCCCCCCCCCCCAGGAGAGACCAUGUCCAACGCGGGGGACGAAGACAAAUGUUUUCCCUCCCUUUUUGUGCCCUCCAAAGACCUCAUUGGCUCCGCCUCCCCCCCUGUGUUCUAUCCGGAGAGCGGUUGGUUGUUUUGUAUACCGUUUGCUUCAACAAAGAAAGUAUUGCUUCAUAUUCCGUUGAUCGAAUGUGGCUUUCCUUGGCUUUUUUCCGCUUCCGAAUUACGGAUCCAGCAUACUGGGUCGGCUGGCAUAGACAGCGAGUUGCUUUUUGCCGGGUUUUUAUUCCAGUUUUGUUUGUUUUUCCGAAGAGCCCGAAAGGACGAGGGCCUGUGUGGG